AUGGAGAACCUCGAAUCCCAAGCGUGGCACCCCGGGCUUUCCAGCGAUGAGCCCUACAACAAUACCUAUCAACUGCACCUCCAAAUGAUGAAAAAGGCAUAUUUCGAUAUUAAAAUCGACCUGGAUCAAAACCCAAAACUGCAUUUCGAGGUGGUCACCGCCACAAGCAAUGCAGGUCGGCUUCUGUGGGACUGGAUGGACCAAUUCAACAGCUUGAUAAUAGCUCAGGCGGUCACUAUUAGGUUUCUUGCAGCAUUGAUUGCAAUUUUGCGCAACAGUGCGAUGCGCGAAGGGCUUGUGCAUUGGCGGCACGAAGACGCACACUCGAUCCAUGAUUUUGGCACCCCUAGCUGGACUUCGUCCCCGCCGGCAUUUGAGUUCUCCAGCCCGCUGCCGGUGGUGAGCACUGCGCUCGAUCCACGAGUACUGGAAGGGAACCAGGAGUGUGACGAGUUGCAACUUUCUACAACACUGAAACCACCAACAUUGGCACAUGGGAUCUUGAUCCAUGGGGAGGAGAGUGUGACGCUCAUCGACCCAUGGUUGUGCAAUGAUGCCCUCGCCUCACCACCACCACUAGCGUUUGAAUGUUCAAGCCCAGUGUCUGUGGCCAGCACUGCACUCGACCCCCCAAUGCUCCAAGAGAACAACGCUUGGAAUAGAUUUCAAAUUUCUAGUGCACCAAAGUCACUGGCACCGAAACAUCCUGAGCUAACUGGGGAAGAUGAAAGCAUGCAAUCGAUCGACUUGUGGCAGUACGAUGACUUCAUAACUUUGCCAGGCGGACAGGACGCAGAGCCACAGCAGACAGUUGACAGUUUUGCAUGCUCCAUGGCAUCGAACGACGGACUAUAUUCCGGUGACCCAUGGGUCGAGACGGGCUGUGAUCGAGGAGGACUGGUGCUCUCUGGGUCAGAGGCAGACGCUUUGCUGCCUCCGCUUCCGGAGCCAAUGUCGAUCACCGCAUUUGACGACAUGGAGAUUUUUUCGAUAUAA